CGCGGCGGGGAGCGCGCGGGACGCGGCCCGGGGCCGGGCGCGAGCGGGGCGCCGGGCGGCGGCGGCGGCGCGCGCCAUGUCGUUCAGUGAGAUGAACCGCAGGACGCUGGCGUUCCGAGGAGGCGGGUUGGUCACCGGCGGCGGCGGCGGCGGCGGCGGCUCCGCGAACAAUAACGCCGGCGGGGAGGCCUCGGCUUGGCCUCCGCAGCCGCAGCCGAGACAGCCCCCGCCGCCCGCGCCUCCGCAGCCCAGUGCGCGGGGGGCCGACGAGGAAGCGGAAUUGGAGGGCCUGGAGCCGCGGGACCUGGAGGCCGCCGCCGCCGCGCCGGCCGCCGACGACGCCAAGGAGCUGCUGCUGCCCGCCGACGCGGGGGCCCCCAGCUCGCUGGGCGGCGGCGGCGGCGCGGGGGGCCCCCUGCUCGCCGAGAGGAACCGUCGGACUCUGGCCUUCCGCGGCGGCGGGGGGCUCGGCAACAAUGGCAGCAGCCGCGGGCGCCCCGAGCCCUCGGCGUGGCCCCUGAGGCAUUUCAAUGGGCGCGGGCCGGCGGCCGUGGAGCUGGAGCUGGACGCGCUGGAGGGGAAGGAGCCGGUGCCGGACGGCGCGUCCCUGAGCGACAGCAGCGAGGACGAGGAGGAGGGGGCGAGCCUGGGCGACGGCAGCGGGGCGGAAGGCGGCAGCUGCAGCAGCAGCAGGCGGUCGGGCGGCGAUGGCGGGGACGACGCGGAGGGCAGCGCCGCGGGCGCGGGCGAGGGCGAGACUGUCCAGCACUUCCCGCUCGCGCGCCCCAAGUCCCUGAUGCAGAAGCUCCAGUGCUCCUUCCAGAUCUCCUGGCUCAAAGAUUUUCCCUGGCUGCGGUAUUCCAAGGAGACUGGCCUUAUGUCGUGUGGCUGGUGCCAGAAGCCCCCCGAGGACGGGGCCAGCGGGGACCCUCCCCAGGUGGGGCACGACGAGCUUUCGCGAGGCACCCGCAACUACAAGAAAACCCUUCUGCUGAGGCACCACGUCUCCACCGAGCACAAACUGCACGAAGCCAACGCCCAGGAGUCAGAAAUACCAUCAGAGGAGGGGUACUGUGACUUUAAUAGUAGGCCAAAUGAGAACUCUUAUUGCUAUCAACUUCUUCGACAACUGAAUGAACAGAGAAAGAAAGGUAUUCUUUGUGAUGUCAGCAUUGUUGUGAGCGGAAAAAUCUUUAAAGCUCAUAAGAACAUCCUGGUUGCAGGCAGCCGUUUCUUUAAGACUUUAUACUGCUUUUCAAACAAAGAAAGCCCUAACCAAAACAAUACUACCCAUUUAGAUAUUGCUGCAGUUCAAGGUUUUUCAGUCAUCUUGGACUUCUUGUAUUCUGGUAACCUGGUGCUCACAAGCCAAAAUGCCAUUGAAGUGAUGACAGUGGCCAGCUAUCUUCAAAUGAGUGAAGUUGUUCAAACUUGCCGAAAUUUCAUUAAAGAUGCCUUAAAUAUAAGCAUUAAAUCAGAAGCUCCAGAGUCUGUAGUUGUGGACUAUAAUAAUAGAAAACCAGUUAAUAGAGAUGGUCUGCCUUCAUCACGGGAUCAAAAAAUUGCCAGUUUUUGGGCAACAAGGAAUCUUACCAAUUUGGCAAGUAAUGUAAAAAUUGAAAAUGAUGGUUGUAAUGUCGACGAGGGCCAAAUAGAAAACUACCAAAUGAAUGACAGUAGUUGGGUCCAGGAUGGUUCACCUGAAUUGGCUGAAAAUGAAUCUCAAGGUCAAACAAAAGUGUUUAUUUGGAAUAAUAUGGGAUCCCAGGGAAUUCAAGAGACUGGCAAAGCAAGGAGGAAAAACCAAACUACAAAGAGAUUUAUUUAUAAUAUACCACCUAAUAAUGAAACAAAUUUAGAAGAUUGCUCAGUGAUGCAGCCACCUGUUGCCUAUCCAGAAGAAGAUUUGUCGUUCAUCAAGGAAGAACCAGAUCUGGAUGGUGCUCUACUCUCAGGGCCAGAUUGUGAUAGGAAUGUGAAUGCAAGUUUAUUGGCUGAAGCCAGCUCCGGUCAAGAUGGAAGUGAUGCUGGUACUUCACAUGAUUUCAAGUAUGGUCUGAUGCCUGGCCCUUCAAGUGAUUUCAAGUAUGGAUUGCUACCAGGUACUUCAAAUGAUUUCAAGUAUGGAUUGCUACCAGGUGCUUCAAAUGAUUUCAAGUAUGGAUUAUUGCCCGAAUCUUGGCCAAAACAAGAAACUUGGGAAAAUGGUGAAUCAUCUCUAAUCAUGAACAAGUUAAAAUGCCCUCAUUGUAGCUAUGUAGCCAAAUACAGACGAACACUAAAAAGGCAUUUGCUCAUUCAUACGGGAGUCAGAUCAUUUAGCUGUGAUAUUUGUGGAAAACUGUUUACUCGCAGAGAACAUGUAAAAAGACAUUCCCUGGUGCAUAAAAAGGAUAAAAAAUACAAAUGUAUGGUGUGUAAGAAGAUCUUCAUGUUAGCAGCCAGUGUUGGAAUAAGACAUGGAUCUCGACGCUAUGGUGUUUGUGUAGACUGUGCAGAUAAAUCACAGCCAGGAGGGCAAGAAGGUGUAGAUCAGGGACAGGACACAGAUUUCCCUCGGGAUGAAGAAUACGAGGAGAACGAAGUGGGAGACGCUGAUGAAGAGCUGGUUGAUGAUGGCGAAGAUCAGAAUGAGCCAUCUCGAUGGGAUGAGUCAGGAGAUAUUUGCAUGUCUCUAGAUGAUUGACUGACCCACUAUACUCCUCAAGGAUGCUGCAUUUGGACAUAAUAUGAAUCAACAAUUUGAAUUGUUGAACUCGAAGGCUUGCAAAAUAUGGUACAUGCUGGAUGGUAGUUAUGUUGCUGUGAAAACUGUAGGGUCAAAGCCUUAUAGCAAAAAAAAUUUUUUUUAUAUUUGCACAGGACUGUACAGCAAACAACCUUGUGGUUGGAUUACAUGGAGUCCCCACAUCUUCAGUCAGUUAUCAAAGUGAAAAUGUUUUUUAUUUAUAGGAUCUACAGUAACUAUUUGGGUCCCAUGAAAAUACAGUACUUGUCCUUAAAGAGCUUCAUUCAUGUGCCACUUGAACAUGAAUGAGGAAGUCCAUUUAUGAGAGUACAGUGACAGCUGACCCAAUUGCUCUGUCCAUCAAACCACUCAGGCUAGUUUGUACUAGUAGAGUUUUGUUUCUAUUUUUAUUUUUAUUAAUUUUAUUUUUUUUAAUACAGAUUUUCAGUGAGGGGCCUUUUCAACCCCAUUGGUUCUACUUUUCUGUAUUUUCCAUUUUAAUUUGCUUCAUAACUUAAACCAAGUCUCUUCUAGUCUUGGGUAUUAUUUCUCGAUUUUGUGCUGAUGGACAUGUUUGUAAGAACUGGAGAGGUAAUUUAUUGGAAUGAACUGACUGACUCCUUCUGUUCCCCCUUUCCUUUCUGACAUGAAUUUUACUACUUCACAAAUGAAGAAUGAUGUUGCAAAGUGACCGUGGCGAAGUUGACAAAUACCACUAAAAUGAUUAUGAUUUAGAAGUAACUUUCUCCUGCUGCUCUAAUCUGAUAAAUGGUUACUAUAUGACAUUAUCUGACAUGGUAUUCGGUUUGGGUAUCUGUUACUUUGGCACUAUUCUUGUUUGCCUCUUUUUAUUUUUGCCAGUGUACUAUACCUCAGUCCUAUUUGAAAAGACAGAAAUAUAAUCGAAAGAAAAUUCAUAGAAACAAUAAGUAAAAUGAUUUGUUUUAUAAUUUAUCCUCAUGUCCAGUUUGGUUAGCUUGUUAUGCAAUAUAAGUGAAAUAUCAGGUUUUUACUCCUGUGCCCUUUUUAUCAUUAAAAUGAACACAAAAAGUGCAUUCUCUUUUGUUUCAUACUUACCGGGAUAUUGAGUGUUUUGAAAUUAUGAUAGAUAAUUUUUUUUUCAAUUAUUUAAAGUCACUACACCUUGAUAUGUAGUCUUUCUAGUAGUCGCUAUGAUUCAACAAUCUGCAAAAAUCUUACAAAUAAAAUAUUGAGAGGCUUUACAGUUUAUUAUUCUAUUAACUAAAUUCUUCAGGGUAAAAGGGGUGAUAUAUUAUGUUGAAAUUGUCAGAUUUAUUUAGCCUGAUGACAGAUGAAUUAGCUGAUUGUUAAACUCACAGCAACAUUUCACAUAAUCAAUAUUAACAUGCACGACAUUUAUCAGGAACAUAAUUGUAUAUUAUAUAAGAUUGAGGGAUAUCAUAUUUUCAGCUUUCUUUUAAAUAGAAGUUGAGUAUAUUUUCCUAUUUUAUAUCAGGUAACUAAAUUAUGCUGGUUGUGUGGGAAAAAAUGCAAAGUACACUUUGACAGACAUAAUCCUUUUGGUGCUCCAUCUGAUCAAAGUUAAAAAGUUGAUAUGUUAAAGAGACAGCCUUCCUCAUUGUCUCUGAUUUCAGUAGAACAAUGGUCUAAUGUUAGAUAUUGGUGUUUUUCUGCUUGGCUGAAUCAAAGUACAGUUACAUGGUUAGAUGCAAGUUUUGUCAUCUAAACUUUAUUGUAGUUUCUACAUAACUGUAAAACUGACAUGAAUAGUUUUUUUGGUUUGAUUUUUGUUUAAGACUGAAGAAUACAUCUUAUUCUCAAUGUUCUAGACAAAUGAGUAAAAUGUAAUUCUGGUGGGGUCCAAAGUAGACGUUAGUGGGGCAAAGAUACUAUGAAUGAAAAAGUAUUUUAAACGUAAAAUGUUCUGCUUUGUGAAUAUGUAAGUAUAGUAUAAAGAUUUCUUUCAUCCCAUUUAUCCCCCUCCUUUAAAAAAAAACCAUAGUUUACAAUUGGUAGAUCUGUCUAUAUAUAAAUAUAUAUUAAAGAGAAAAGAUAUAUAUCUGAAAAUCACCUAAAUCUGCUUUAUUAGACUACAGUUCACUUAUUGCAUAGAAACUGGACUUGGCUUUACAUUCUUAAUGUACUUUUACUUUUUCUCAAGAUAUGAACUUACUCUCAUUAAGCUGAAUUUUCUUUUACUACUUAAAUCAUUUAUGUAUAUCUGGUAAAUUAUGACCAAAUUUUUGUUAGAUUGCAUACAGUAAAUUGAAAUACACACUUGGUACACUA